UUAGCAGCGCUAAUGACAGUCAAAAGACCGUGUCAACAUGGCCGCCGCACAACAUCAAAAUCUCCACCUCAGGAAUACUUUCCGCUGCAGGAACAUUCUCGAGGAACUCAGCGAUGCUGAAUUGAUCAAGAGAUACUGUCUUGAUAGAGAAGGCAUUCUAUUUGUCACAAAUCUUGUAAGGGAUGCCUUGUCAAGUAACACAAAUAGGAGGAAGCCACUCUCCCCUGAGAUGAAGGUCAUCAUAACGCUGCGAUACCUUGCCACGGAGAAAAUGCACCAAUGCAGUGAAGAUGACCUUGGCCCUUCACAACCAGCCAUCAGCAGAGCCAUCACACAGACCAUCGACGCCCUUGCUGACAUCAACAUCCUCAAGGAAUUCAUUUCCUUUCCCAUCAACCCGGAUGUGAUUGCAGCGAAGAAGGCAGAGUUCGCCCACAUCGCUGGUUUUCCCGGGGUGGUGGGAGCCAUUGAUGGCACUCACAUGAGGAUUGUGGCACCAAAGGAGCAGGAGGAAGUGUACGUCAACCGUAAGGGUUAUCACAGCAUCAAUGUCCAGGUGAUAUUUGAUGCCAACUAUCGGAUACUGGAUAUCCUUGCCAAGUGGCUGGGCUCGGUGCAUGAUGCCCGUAUUUUGAGUGGCAGUGGUGUGACUGCAAUAUUUGAGAGGGGACAUGUGCCAGGAAACAGUCACUUGCUGGGAAACAGUAGCUAUCCCAGCAAACCUUAGCUCCUCACACCAUACCUGCGACUUCUGCCUGGACCUCAAACAAGAUAUAAUAGGGCUCACAAGCAAACAUGCAGUGUUGUCGAAAGAGGCAUUGGGCAGCUGAAACGCCAAUUUCAUGUCUUGCACAGUGAGGUCCGGGUCAGCCCACCAUUGAAGGUGUGCAAGAUGGUGCAUGUUUGUGCUAUGUUGCACAAUAUAUGUAAAGAUAGGAAUAUUCCUAUUCCUAUUGAUGCAGGCCACCCUGACUUUGAAGAGCAGCAGCACGACAUCGUACAAAAAGUGCCACCACUUCCAGCUGCUCGACGAAAUCCAGAUCACCUGUAUCGAGAUGAAUUCUGCAACUUGCAUUUCAACAAUCCUGCCUGAAACAUGGCCCACCUGUCUCACCACUGAUCUGAUGGCACAUGCAGAGAUGAAUUUUGCAACUUGCAUUUCAACAUUCCUGCUUGAGUGCAGACCUCUUGCCCUUCAGCACACAUGGCCAGUCACAUGCCAAGGUAUAAUUGUUUUAGUCUGCUAGCUUCUGCCUUUUCCCUUGCAGCUUCUGCAUUUUCCUUUGCAGCUUUUACCUCUUCCCUUGCAGCUUCUGCCUUUUCCCUUGCAGCUUCUGCAUUUUCCCUUGCAGCU